AUGUCCUCUUUAAGCUAUAUAGACGCUCUACCAUACUACGACAAGCAACUAGACGAUCCAUCAGCAAAAGCAGCAGCUCAAGCUUUGAUAGAAGCUGAACUGAGAAAGACUCCUCAAAUAAACGAUGAUGAUGAGAGAUUACCAAGGACGAUAGAAGUAUUUCCUAAAUCAACCGAACUAUCAGCAUUAUUAGAUGGAUAUCCAUCAAAACCAAUAAGAGGUAUUGAUACAUCGAAAUAUCAACCUCCAACUAUAGGUGAAGAACCCACUUUAGAUGAGUUGGAGAAGGCGGAAAAACAAAGUAGGAUAGGAGAAGGCCAUAUGGCUUUAAGAAUCGAAAAUACAUCAAUACUCUCAUCUCACGGACCAAAUGCAUGGUUGAUUCGAAACUAUCAAUUGAAUUCACAGUUAACAGAAUUACAAUCUUCCCUGAACAAUUUGAAAGAGAAUGUGACGGAUGUCAAUAGAUCAAGAAGGGUUUUCCAAGAAGAUACAGGAAAACAUUUAAGUAAAUUAGAAAGUAGAUGGCAAGACUUAAUAGGUUCAACUGUACAGUUAGAAAUGGCAUGUAAAGCUAUGGAAGGUGAAGUCAAACCAUUAAGAAGAAAACAUGAAUCAUUAAAAGAAGAAGUUGAAUCAUUAGAGAAACAAUAA